AUGACAUCAUCUCAGACCACCGCCACCUCUACGCCCUCGAUUUCGGACCAGCCCAUUACUGGGACGCCUCUGGACUUUUUCCUCUUCUUCAACGCGACGUAUCCUGAUGAAGACACCCAGAACACCACCGGUGGGUCACGUAAGCGCAAAUCCAGGGGUAUGGUGAUGUAUCGAUGUCUCCAUUGCCCUGCCGAUAAGCCCUGGGCGAAUCGGAAGCGGGACAACGCAUGGCAUCACGCCCGGCGGUGCCAUGCCGAUAUUAUCUCUUCCCUCGAUCGCACGCUCAUUGGGGGCAGUUCUGAUGUUGUAGAUGAUGAAAAGGAAGUCAAACGUCCUCGGAUUGAUGCUUUUCUUUCCUCUCGUUACUCGGAUGGUGGCUAUAUCGAGAUCAAAGGAAAACAUAUCCGCGGUUAUCCCACAUGGCAAUUGAUAUCCUCUCAAUCCCUCCUGAAUCAUCUGAUAUUGAGUCUCACUUCUCAUCGGCGCGGCGUUGAGUGUGUAGGCAACUGGAUGCGCGAGGGUAUCAUUAUACCCAAGUCUCACGGUGGCAGUGGCGUUAUUUCCAGCGUUACUGUUGAAUUUAGCGUUGAAACAGAGGCAGAGGACUUUCUAGAUUAG